GCGGCGGCAGAGAUGGCGUCGGAUUAUGAGGAGGAGCUGUAUGGCGUCGAGGACGACGACUUCGACAGCCAGUUCGCCGCCGAGUUGGAGGUCCUGGCCGAGCUGGAGGGGCACCCAACCCCACCGGUACCCAAGGUCUCCUGGCGACGGAAGAGGAAACCGGUGACGUUUGAGGAGGCCCUCGCCGCCGGUGAUGUCGGCCGUGGGGAUCGCGGCCCGGGACGGGACGGGGAUGGCAGUGCCAGCCUCCCCGGGCGGGAUCGGCGGGAGCCGGUGGAGGUGGAAGAGGAGGACCCUCUGGCCCCGGUCCCACUCACCCCCAAGCCCAAAAGGCGGAAGCUCGAGACCGUCAAGAAGCUGGAUUUUGGCCCGGGCCUCGAGGUGCCCCGUUCCGGCCCCCCGCGGGGCGACGUCACGCCCCCGCUGACCCCGGAGGACCCCGCCCGGGAGCCGGACAGCAGACCCGCCGACCGGGGCCGGAGCCCGGGGCCCCUGGACGUGAGCGACGUUGCCCCGCUCCAGAGGACCCCUUCCCCGCCGGCGAGCCGCAGAGGGGUCUUACGGCGGCCCCCCGUCUUGGAUGACUACCUCAACGUGACAUCCACCGACGGCACCCGGGUCUACGUGGUGAUGAGGGACGAUCCCCCGGGGGCAAGAGAGGAGCUCGUCACCCCGGACGGCAGCCGGAGAGGAGCCGGGCAGCUUCACCUGCUGGGAGUUCCCUUCUCCCACCUGAAAGAGCAGGUCGCCAUUGAGCGCCGGAGGAGGGUUUUGGAGGGCUCCCAGCGGUUGACAGACUUAUUGAACAGUCUCGACGCUCCCGGCCCUGGAGCCCCGGGCCCCGGCGAUGCUGCGGUGGCCGAGGAGGAGGAGGAGGAAGAGGAAGAGUCGUCGGUGAACAGUCUCUGGGUGGAUCGGUUCACCCCCCAGCGCUACACAGACCUGCUCAGCGAUGACUACACCAACCGCUGCCUGCUCAAGUGGCUGAAGCUGUGGGACCUAGCGGUGUUCGGGAGGGAGAAGCCGGCCAAGCGAGCCAAGCCGGCCGCCGAGCCGCGGGCCCCCGCCAAGGCCGUCAGGGAGCAGCCGGGCAAGUGGAAGAGCAAAGAGCAGCUGACCGAGGAGAUGCUGGAAGCGGAAUUGGACCAGACCAAGAGGCCAAAGCACAAGGCGGCGCUGCUGUGUGGGCCCCCCGGGCUGGGGAAGACCACCCUGGCCCAUGUCAUCGCCAAGCACGCGGGGUACAACGUAGUGGAGAUGAACGCCAGCGACGACCGCAGCCCGGACAUCUUUAAGACCCGCAUCGAAGCCGCCACCCAGAUGAAGUCCGUCCUGGGGGCCCACGAAAAGCCGAACUGCCUGAUCAUCGACGAGAUCGACGGGGCGCCCACGCCGGCCAUUAACGUGCUCCUGAGUAUCCUCAAUCGGAAGGACGCCAAGGACGUGGAGCCGGCCAGCGGCGGGCCCGGGGUCAGGAAGAGGAGGCGGGAAGGAGGCCUCCUGUUACGGCCCAUCAUCUGUAUCUGCAAUGACCAGUUCACAGCGUCGCUGAGGCAGCUGCGGCCGCACUGCUUCCUCCUGAGCUUCCCCCAGACCCAGCCCUCGAGGCUGGUCCACAGGCUCCAAGAGAUCUCGGCACUCCAGGGGAUGAAAGCGGACGUGGGAGCCCUCAUGGCCCUGUGCGAGAAGACGGAGAACGACAUCCGCUCGUGCAUCAACACUCUGCAGUUCCUGCACGGUCGGGGCAAGCGGGAGCUGAGCGUGAGGAUGCUCCGGACCCUGAACGUCGGCCUGAAGGACCAGAAGAAGGGCCUCUUCUCCCUCUGGCAGGAGAUUUUCCAGCUGCCCAGGGUGCAGAGGCAGCGGAUCGGGGAGGACCCUUUCCCGGCGGCCCAGGCGACGCUCCCGGGGUUGGCCGACGACCCCGGGCAACGUGGAGGCAGGGGUCCCUCCCACGGUGCCUCCCACCGGUUCCACCGCAUCCUCCACCUCAGCACCGCCGCGGGGGAGCACGAGAAGAUCUCUCAGGGCCUCCACGAGAACUUCCUCAACGUGAAGCCGAAGGACCCCAGCUUGGGCACGGUGUGCCGGGCCCUGGACUGGCUGGAGUUCGAGGACGCCCUGGACCGCGCGGUGCGCCACGGCCAGCACUUCCAGCUGAUGAGAUACCUCCCCUUCCUACCCGUGGCCUUCCACCUCCUCUUCGCCGCCGCCGGCGUCCCCAGGAUCGCCUACCCCAGCAGCCAGUUCGAGGCGCUGAGCAGGACGAACCGGAUGCAGAACCUGAUCUCGUCCCUGAUGGCGGGCGUCGGCCCCGCGGCCCGCAGCCGGGCCGGGCCCCGGGCGCUCGUCCUCGAGGCCCUCUGCCCGCUGCUGGACAUCAUCUCCCCCAAGCUGCGCCCGAUAAACACGCAGCUGUACAGCGCCAAGGAGAAGCAGCAGCUGGCGGGCCUCAUCGGCACCAUGCUGUCCUACAACCUCACCUACCUCCAGGAGCGGACGGCCGACGGCCAGUACGUCUACACGCUGGACCCGAACGUGGAGGCCGUGUGCAGGUUCCCCGACCUCCCCGCCCGCAAGCGGCUGACCUACCAGGCCAAGCAGCUCAUUGCCCGCGAGAUCGAGCUGGAGAAGAUGAGGAGGGCCGAGGCGGCUGUGCAGGCCCGCAACCCGAGCCGGCCAACGGCGGGUGAGAGGGCGGGGAGCGGCCGGAACCCCGAGCAGCGCCUGGAGCACAUCAUCCAAAGGGCCGUGGUUGACGAGAAGCCGGAAACGGACUUCUUCGGACGCAAGAUCGUCCGGAAAGCGGCGGCCCCGGGGCCAGAGAGCCGUGCGGCCGCCGAGCAGGAGCCGGGGGAGAAGCGAUUCGGGGAGGCGGUGGGCCGCAGCCACGUCUGGUUCCGCUUCAACGAAGGGGUCUCCAACGCCGUGCGCCGCAACGUCUACGUGCGGGACCUGAUGUAGCCACCCCGGGCCGGGCCUCCCGCGGCCUAGAAAUAAACCCGCCGGGCGGAGCGCGGGG